UGCAACAACUGCGUGGACCUUGGAUGACGUAAAAACUCAAAGUCUUUUCACAUAAAUUGGCAGCAUUUCAACAUAACGGGUGAAUGUCGAUUGGAGAUUGAUACCGUGAAGCCUGGUGAUACAUGAAAAAUCUCUCUUGACAACAUUACCACCGCUAUACCAGGAGGAUUGUGAGCAUUCGAGUACAGUGAAUAACCCCACUCUUAGCUUGUCGAAAAACCAUGCCUCAACUUGCUGGUAAGGAGGUAGGCUCCAUUGGCUUCGGCCUCAUGGGCUUGACUUGGCGUCCCAAGCCAUGCCCUCAGGAACAGGCCUUUGAGACUAUGCGCACGGCACUUAAGAAUGGAAAUAACUUCUGGAAUGGUGGCGAGUUCUAUGGUCCACCCGAAUACAACAGUCUAGUACUUUUAGAGCGAUACUUUGAGAAAUACCCUGGAGAUGCCGACAAGGUAGUUCUUAGCAUCAAGGGUGGCAUGAACCCCAAGACUCAUAAGCCGGAUGGUUCGCCUGAGAACACGCGGCGGACCAUCGAUGAUUGUAUGGCACAACUCAAAGGCCGUAAGAAGAUCGACCUGUUCGAGUUUGCCCGCCGGGAUCAAAAUGUGCCCAUGGAGGAGACUUUUCGUAUCAUCAAUGACGAAUACGUGAAAACCGGAAAGAUCGGAGGCAUUUCUCUUUCGGAGGUGCGAGUCGAGACGAUUCAUGAGGCUGUGAAGCACACUAAGGUCGAGGCUGUAGAAAUCGAGCUCUCGCUCUUUUCUACCGAGGUUCUGGACAACGGUGUUGCGGCAGCUUGCGCCAAGUACGGAAUCCCUAUGAUCGCCUAUUCGCCGAUUGGCAGAGGCAUGUUGACGGGUCAGAUCAAGAAGCCCGAAGAUAUCCCGGAAGACUUCAUGACCCGCCAAUUCCCGCGAUUUAAGCCGGGCAACUUCGAGAUCAACGUUCAACUGGUUCAUCAGGUCGAAGACAUGGCUAAGAAGAAGGGCUGUACCCCAGCUCAGCUCGCUAUCAACUGGACAAGAGCGCUAUCAAGCCGUCCUGGCAUGCCGACCAUUAUCCCCAUCCCAGGUGCUACGACAGCAGCACGGGUGGAUGAAAAUAGCAAGGAGAUUGAAAUCACAGAUGAGGAGCUGGCCCAGAUUGAUGCUACCCUGGCCAAGUUUACGACAGCUGGCGAGCGGUAUCCCCCCGAGAUUCCUAUCAACACCUAAAGUGGUAGAAUUUUGAUUCUAGUGCAUAUAAGAAAUAUUGCUGCAUAUAAUAAAAAACCCAAUGUUGAA